UAGUGAUGAAAGUAAUGAUAAUGGAAGUGGUGAAGACAACUUCAUGUCAGAGGAUGAUGCAGAUGAUUAUAAAGAUCAUGAGAAUGAAAUGGAGGGCAGUGAGGAUUCAGAUACAAAUAACAACAAUAAAAGUGAAGGCCACCUUUCUAGCCAUGAGAAAAGACAAAAAAAGCUAAAACAAAAGAUUCAAGAGCUAGAAAAAGAAAACCUUUCCAAGAAGCCAUGGCAGAUGAGCGGAGAGACCGGAAGUAAAGCACGUCCUAUCAACAGUCUGCUAGAAGAGGACCUGAAUUUCGACCACACUGCAGUUGCAGGUUCGUGGAAUACAAAGUCUAAGGGAAGGAGUAUGUGAACAAAUGGAAUCCCAGACUGGGAUAUACUAGAGAAUGGCUGCUCACAAAUUUGCGGUUUCGUGGGUUGUUUUUUUCCUGGGCUGGAACUUGACCGAAGCAUGGUACAUCGGUUGCCACUCCGACGAUGCCAGCAACAGAGUAUUUAAUAUCAUCGCAGGGAACUUCAAAAUUCCCGACACCUCCCCCGAAGAAUGCACGUCUGCUUGCGCUCUGCUCAACGCUACUUAUGCGUGUACGCAGGGGGUCCCCCAGGGGAUGAUGUGCUUCUGUAGUAACUCGCUUGUAGGUGCGGUUAAGGUAGAUGACAGCAAGUGCGGAGAAAUCUGUGCACAGAAGGUGUGUCCAGGUAUAAGAUUCUUACGUGUUUACGGGACGAGUAACGCCAUUGCAGGUCUGUCCGUGACAGGACCAGACACGGGGUUCGUCUUUAGUCCCGCCACCUUUCAGUCCACAGUUGCAAAAGGCGAUCUGAACACAUCGUACAUCUAUAAUUAUGGCGAUGGAUCAUUCGUUCUAUCCACGUGUCAGAGCUCCUCCCAUCGCUACAGGCGCACAGGGCUCUUUAACAUUAACGUCGCGGCAAGGAACAACCAAUCAGGGCCUAUCUACGGCGGGAAAAAGGUGACGGUAAAAGCACCCCUUGGUCAAUCCAAUGCCUUGUGCCCUUCGCAUAUCGUAGCAGCCGGGAAUAGGACGAAUAUUUCUCUGUACGUCGCGCAAGGCACGAAUCUGAGUGGGUCGUGGGUGGCAACAUCUGGAGAAAAGAUAAAUUUUGGGAUGAAUGACGCUCUUCUUUAUGGAGUCGGUUCAAAGGCGACUUUUGGUAACAUCAGCGGCUCGCCCCAGACCUCCGGAGUGUAUGUCAUACCAACGGCCACAAUUGAACAAGAAGGCUUUCUAGUAGCAUGGGAAUUCAACGCCGCUAAACUGGGAGGCAUUCGUUUUCAAGUAUUUCGUCCAAGAUGUUUAACAAUACAGAAGUACUGUCACCAAACAAGAUCCUGUAUUCCAAGAUCCGAUAACUGCGGUAUUCCCCAUCAGUUCACAUGCCCAGGGGAUGGCAAAUUAUGCGCCGGUACCGGGCAUUGUUUGACCGGGUGUCUGGCACAGAAUGUUACAUAUCCUAAUUCGGCGGUACCACUGGUGAACUACACACUUGUAGUUGACACCAUCAUGAACGUUUCCACCCUCGGACACCAACUUGUCUCAUUGAGCCACGGUAAGGAACAGGCCGUCCAGCCCGGUGACGUCAUAGGAUGGACAACAAACGGACAGGGUGAUCUCGCCUUUGAGCCAACAACAAGUGACCCGGAGUUCUUUUACUCAACCCCUGGCAUAAAUGCUGGUGACCUGUUGUCGGCAACCGCUGGUCAGCGCUAUGACAUCAAGCAUGUACUGCAGGCUCAUGUCACGCGGACCUCGUGGGCGACGCAUGACUAUGUGUUUAACUCGGCUGGGGUGUACGAGGUGACGGUGAUAGUGAAUGGCGAAGGUAACGGCAGCACGCCGGUGAGCAUAGAGAGAUGCUACGUAUCUGUUCAGGAAAUGAUAAAAGGUUUGCAAAUCACGGGUCCGAAAUGCUGGACCGGGGCUGAAGGUGACGUUGCGUACCCUGUGAACAAGGACCUGUCACUCAGCGCGGCCGUCACGCAAGGGAGUAACGUGACAUAUACAUGGAUGGGUGACAUAAGCAACGUCACGACAACUAGCAACCCUGCCGUCAUGCGAUUCAACUCCGUUGGUCUUCACCAGCUCACUCUGUACGCGUUUAACAAUAUUAGCGCAGUGUUUGCCUCAAUCACCGUCAGCGUCUUGGAGGAAGUGGGUACGGUCGGGCUUGUCUGGCCUUCAUCGGAACAGAUGAACCAGGAACUGGAAAUUGGUAUUCCUGGAAAUUACUCAUUCAUGCUGACCGCUGGUAGCAAUGUGUCGGUGACAGUCCAGAUACAAGGACGUGUUGUCUUCAGUCGUGUCUUCACCGAGGCAAACAAUUCAGUGUUCAAUCUCACUCAUACAUUCUCAAAUGGAGGAAUGCAAGAUAUUCUUGUAACUGCUGACAACGCUAUCGCUGGCGCUGGAUUUUCUCGGGCAUUCAAACAGAGAGUUAAAACCAACAUGGGUGUCAUCACCAUAGCCACACAACCUGUCAAGACAUCCGACGGCUUCAUCAGAAUCUCCACUAUGCAGCCCUUCGAGCUCUUUAUUUCCUCGACACUGGAAAAGGCUAUCAACUACACUAUUGAGACCUCCGGGGUGAAUACCACAGUUGUCACAUCGACCGGCAAGGCCACCUGGAAGCAUAAGUAUUUGGAACCGCUGGAGGGAAAUAUCACAAUUAUCGCCUCUGCAGAUGGGGAGUCUAUCAGGUUUUAUAUCCCUGUGGAAGUCGAGUUCUGCGGUCCUCCCGCCAUUUAUCUUCCUGUUGCCAACAGAAGGGAUUCCAGUCACACCGUAACCAGGGGCGACCAGGUGGAACUCAAAACACGUGCUGUGACGUCACAGAAUGCUGGAUGCGAACCUGGUAGUCUGGUGUAUGAGUGGAAUAUCUACGAUGUUCUGAAAGUCCCUGAGGUUAAGAUUGCUGGUUUGAAUAUUGAUGUGGAGUCCCCCGCACUUGUCAUACCACCAUUGGCAUUGAGAGAGGGGAAUUACAGUGUCAACCUGACCAUCACUUUUACAGCGACUGAUAAUAGUGUUUCAAGAUACACCUACAAGACGUACAUAGACGUGCAGCAGUCCUCGCUCAUCGCGAGAAUCACGGGGGGUAGCCCUCGGGAUGUCCCGUACAGAGCCGAUGAAACGGACCUAACCCUUGACGGUAGCGAAUCCAUUGAUCCCGACGAGCCGAAGGUUAAGCCGAACUACCAGUGGGAAUGUCGACGAAAUAACGACAACGCCACGAAUGAAAUAUUUUUAGUCCCAGCAUCGCCUAGCCGAUGUGGAGAGCUGAACUUCACAGGUCUGAGUGGUACACGGAGUACAAUAGGACUGCCGUUGAAGGAGUUCCUGGAGGGAGCUUCUUAUGUGUUUCGCCUGAAAAUCUUGAAGGAUGCGCGAACGGCGUUCACUGAGCAAGUUAUAAAAAUCGUACCGGAAGCUAGCCCAGAAAUAGUCAUAAAGUGCCUUAGGAAUUGCAAGGAAAAAGUGAAUCCUCAGGAUCGCCUGAUCCUGGAGGCCUCCUGUAAAAAUUGUAACGGAGGGACAAGCGAACUCAGCGCGAUAUGGAAGCUACUGGACUCAGAUCGAGGCCAAGAUCGUCUCCAUGGUAACAAAUCGAUCACUACUACAGGCUUUGACAAGAUGGAGCUGGCAAUAACCGCUGGCAGUCUGAGUGAAAGCACAGUGUACUAUCUACAACUGAGAGUGACGAGGAGAAGUCUAACAGUCAAUGUGGAGUACCGAGUAGAAACCACAGCACCCCCAACAGGAGGCUCUUGUAUUGCCAUACCGUCAACCGGCACGGCUUCUAAAACCGAGUUCACAAUUGACUGCGACUACUGGACGACUUUAGACUUUCCACUAAACUACGAGUUCCAUUACAUUACCAAACGCAACGAGGAAGCUCAGAUCAACUCUCUCCCUCAGCAGAGCGAGUUGUCCAAUCUGUGGUACUACGGUUUGUUCCGUAAGGCUCCCGCAAGCGUGCUCCCUGUUGGGGAUGCGGACAGGGACUAUAUGAUGCCACUAGUUGUGGAGAUUUCCAACAAGUAUGGCGCCCACUCCAAGUUCGAGCUCAACGUUACGGUAAUACCAGUCGAGCUCUCUGUCACGGAAGUUAAAGAGAUCAAGGACCAGCUGGCUUCACAGACAGUUGACGUCAAGCAGGACCCCCAAAGGGCGCUGCAAUUGGUCGCGUCGGUUGUUUCCGUACUCAGCAGUCAGAAAGCGUCAGGAAGUGAACGCUUAGUGGAAAAUACAAAGCUACGAAGUCAGUGUAUAGAACUCGCGACUCAGACCGAGCCUGAGGGUCUCCCCGCUAUUGUGCAAGUUGCGAACGCCGUGACAGUGUCGAUGGACAACGAGGAUGAAGUCACCUCAGAUACACAGUUGAAGGCGUCAGGCUUCCUGAGCAGAAUCAGCCAGAAGGCUCUAGAAGAGGCACAGAAAACCGGGCUGGAGGAGACGAGUGCUAAGAAAGUCGAGGAAACAGCUCAAGUGAUCUUCAGCGGUGUGUCUAACAACCUGCAGGCGUCCAAUAAAACCACUCAGGACUUCAUGCAGCUUGCUCGUGAAAAUCUCAACAAGACCAAGGACGAGAUGCCGUCUCGCAACUGGGCGGUACGGAUAAGGGAGAGAAACACCGAUCAGUCUGCCGCUGACGCCCAGGUGGUGGUUGAUACUCUGAAUAAAGCUAUAAACACGCUCAAUGUAAUUCUUCAACUGAGCAAAGUUGUGUCCGAAAACAAGACUACAGUCCGGACCAAGACCUUUAAUGUACAGCUAGAGAAGAAGACGUUUAUGUCGGUCGGGAGCGAGUCCAUAGCCUUAAAGUCGGGACAGUUUGUGCUCCCCUCGAGAAGCGCGCUCAUUGACGGGAAGAAGGCGGGGAUUGGCGACGAGGAUAAGAUCAAUAUUCAGGCGGUGAAUUUCAAUGGUAACCCUAUGUCGUGGGACUCCGACAUCUCACCAUUCAUCACUGGCGAUGUCAUAGGCUUAGAAUUUCGUCUCGCCGACAGCAACAAAGAAAUCAGUGUCCAAAACACACUGGAAGAUAUCGAGGUUGUCAUACCAGCUGACCAGAAAUCGGCCAGGAAAUUCACCAAUACCUUUGAGAACAAUAAGAACCGAACGCACUUUUACAGAAUCAAGAGCGAAGUCGCGCUGAACUCACCACUACUUAUCUACGUUGAACCUAGCGAACCAUUGACACUUUUUGUAAGAUUUGGGUCAAAACCGACGCCCAAUGAGUAUGAUCUGAAAGUUGGACUUCCAAAUUCCGACGAUGCCUUGCCUGAGCGGUUCCAAAGAGUCGACAACUAUACGUUUCUGCUGAUGGAUUUGAGUUCAUUUAAAAGAAGCGCAGACCUACACUUGACUCUCAAAGCCCAGGCGAUACAGCAGUCUGUUCAGAUCCCAGGAAGCAGUGCGGGUAGCUCGGUGGGCGUGGCGUCCCAGUUCGAGGCUAAUUACACAAUAGACGUGCGGAGUGUUGCUUGCCAGUACUGGAGAGAGGGGGACUCGGAGAAAUGGAGGAGCUCGGGAUGCAAGGUAUCCAACAAGACUUCCAUCAAGGAGACCCACUGUCUGUGUAACCAUCUGACGUUCUUCGGUUCGUUUGUUGUGGCACCAAACCCUAUUGGUCCGCUCACCGCAGAAGAUUUCAAGAAAGGCUACGCCCUCUUCAUCUUCGUGUCGGGCAUAUUCUGUGUCUACUUUCUCGGGCUCAUUUGGGCAAGAAAGAAAGACAGGGCUGACUUAGUCAAGGUCGGUGUGUGUCCACUCCCGGACAAUGACCCGUCCGAUACGUACCGCUAUGAGAUCACCCUUUGGACCAGCAUGCGCCGGGGCGCGGGCACCACCUCUAAGGUCAGCAUGAUUAUGUACGGCGAGGAGAACGAGACGGAAGCCCGCGUCCUCGACGAUCCCCAGAGGCCGCCCUUCCAGAGGGGGUGCGUGAACACUUUCCUCCUCACCACGCCCAGCAUAUUAGGACCCCUCCCGUAUAUACGCAUCUGGCAUGAUAAUUCCGGGGGGUCGUGGUUCCUGAGCCGGGUGAUGGUGAUCGACUUGCAGAAUGACGAUCGGUAUUAUUUCAUAUGCAACCGCUGGCUUGCUGUGGACGAGGAUGACGGGCAGGUCGAGCGUCUUGUGCCUCUUGCUAGCAGGGAGGAACUUACCGAGUUCCAGCAUCUAUUCGUAGCGCGCACGCGCCGUAACCUUAGCGACAGCCACUUAUGGUUUUCAGUCUUUGCACGACCAGCCAAUAGCAGGUUCACUCGGGUCCAGCGCCUCUCCUGCUGCCUGUGUCUGAUGAUGAUGUCGAUGAUGACUAGCGCCAUGUUCUGGGGUCGUAUUCCUGAGGCGCAGCAAGGCUCCGCUAAUAACUUCGCCGGAUUCCUGUUCACAUGGCAACAGGUGUUUGUCGGGAUCAUUUCGAGUCUCAUCGUGUUCCCGGUCAACUUGAUCGUGGUCCAGAUCUUCAGGAGCGUCCGACCCAAGCCCCACCGUGUCAUGCAUAAGAAGGGACCCAACCCGCCCAGGCUCUCUCUCACUGUACAGAACCUCACAAGCUACAACAGGAUGAAGGAUAAAUCUGAUGAUUCCAACGGCUCUAAUAACAGUAUCGACUCCACACACGAGAAGAACGCCAGAUUGAGGCUGUCAAUCAACGAUGUGCACACGGACGUGGAUCGCGUCAGCUUCACCUCGAGCCCACUCCUCGUUGAUAACCGUAGACGCAGCACGGUCUGGGAGAAUGAUGGUUCCCGGUUCCGUCGCGCGAUUAUCUGGCUGAAGAAGCACAGUAGCUUACCUUACUACUGGGUGUACGUCGCCUGGGUCCUUGUGUUCCUACUCACCACUGCCUCCGCUAUCGUGGUCAUCCUAUACGGCAUGCAGUUCAAGAAUGUCAAGUCACUGAGCUGGCUGACAUCUUCUAUUGUCAGCUUUAUCCAAGACGUCUUGAUAACUCAACCUCUCAAGGUUCUCCUGACAGCCAUCUUCUUCGCCCUUGUUGUGAAAAAGCCAGACAAGGGCGAGUUCGAGAUUCCAAACGAGGCAGCGCAACUUGCAGAGGACGAGGAAUGGCUGUACUCCGCGGCCAACAACAACAAGAAUGCUGGGAAGAAGAUCAAGGCGAAAAUCCUCCCUCCGGAUCAGGCAAAACUGCUUACCAUGCGGCAUGCACGCAUGCGCGAGAGGAAGAUGUACGCUGUCCUGAGGGAGCUCGGCUUUUUCUACAUAUUCCUGUGUCUCGUGCUGAUGAUCGCGUACACGCAUAAGGACACAGUCGCGUUCAUCCAGACCAACGAGUUCAAGGACAGAUUCUCUAACGAUUUCUUGAAUAUUCAGACAGAUGCUGGCUUUUGGAAGUGGGCUAAAAAAGAUCUCCUUCCGAAUCUGUUCCCAAGCAAAUGGUACAACGGCAAGGAAAUACCGCAUAAUGGCUUCCUGGCCGAUCACAAUAGUCAGAUGGUGGGCGGGGCGAGACUCAGGCUGAUACGCGUCAAGACAGGAACUUGCGCAGUCCCCAAAGACAUCACGUUUGUCACGCAAGACUGUUUUGGAGAAUACAGCAUCGGGGAUGACGACGAGAACGACUACUUACCGGGGUGGUCUAACGUCACGAAAUACACUAAGCCCGUGUCACGCAAGGACGUGUCAUGGAGACACCAGAGCGGCGCACAACUCGACGGGUACCCUGUUUGGGCGAACGUGUCUUCAUACUCCGGAGGAGGCUACGUGUUUGUUCUUGAGCCUGGGAUGGACAACAUGAAGAAUCUGAAAAAUCUCGAGGAGAAACUUUGGCUUGACCGCAAAUCGCGCGUGAUCAUCACCGAAUUCACGACCUACAACGCGCAGACCAACCUCUUCUCAAUCGUCACCCUCGCGGCCGAGUUUCCAGCCACCGGGGGCGUGGUCCCCUUCGUCAGCAUCCAGACUGCGAGACUCUACAACUUCACCAAGGACAUCAUGUACUUCGUGCUCACGCUAGAGGGCGUCUUUGUACUGUUUAUUCUCUUCUUCUCGUACAAAGAGCUGAAGUUAUUGGUGAAGCAAGGAUGGAACCACUUCAAGGAGUUCUGGAACGUUGUGGAGUUCGUCAUUAAUGUGUCGGCGCUUAUCGCGAUUGCGUUGUACAUCUACAGGAUGCUCACUAUUAAAGACGUCGUGACGAAGUCGAGGAAUGCGCCGUUCCAGUUUAUGAGCUUCCAACUUGCAGGUUACUGGGACGAGAUGUACACCUUUACCCUGGCUAUCCUCGUUAUGUUCACCACCAUCAAACUCAACAAGCUGCUGCGAUUCAACAAGAGAAUGUCUCUCCUCUCCUCCACCCUCAAGCACGCUGCCUUCCCACUCGCGAUGUUCGGCGUUCUGUUCGGCAUCAUCUUCCUCGCCUUUACCCUCAUCUCCACCGUUGUGUUCGGCACGGCUAUGCAAGAGUACCGAAGCGCUCCGAAGUCGUUUACGUCCCUGUUAAGCCUGAUGCUCGGAAAGGCGUCGUUCCUCGGGAUGUACGAGGUGAAUCGGAUCCUUGGUCCACUUGUUUUCUUCACCUUCAUGUUCCUUGUCUCCAUGGUGCUCAUCAACAUGUUUUUGUCCAUCAUCAUCGAUUCUUUUCAUGUGGUACGGCGAGAUCUGGACAAGCAGUCGAAUGAGCAUGAGAUCGUGGACUUUAUUCUUGACCGGUUCAAGCUUUGGGCCGGAAUCGGAAAGGUCAAGAGGCCGCGAAGAUCAGAGCGACGGGUCUUGUGGGAUGUGGCGUCCUCGAAAAUCAGGGCCGUCACGGCGUUUAGUAACUCGCUGUUUUCUCUCAACUCCAACACGUUCUGCCCAGAUCAGGUGUCGGAGUUGGAGAAUAGGCUUGAGAAGCUGGUCGAGAGAACUGAUUUGCUGUACAGCGAACUUUUUCCCGAGAAGAUACACAAGCAUCAGUCAGGGAAACACAUGAAAACCUCAAAGAUAUGAAGUGUAACAGCUUAGAAAGGUCCCCCGACAUGGAACGAGUGCGUGACAUGAAAGCCUGCGUGACACAUGCAGUGAUCGUAGUUAAAGUCCAUAGAUCCGACCUGCGUGACAGGUCACGCAUUCCUCGUUUUAAAAAAUAUGACAUUUUCUUCUCACUCUUACAAAAAGAACUGAGCUAUUUUAGUUAGAUUGAAUCUACCGUGAUCAAGCGGAUUUGAUUCAGUACUAAGAUGAACAUCUCAUUUGCAUAGGUUUUCAUAGCCCACGAAACCACGGGUCACGCAAGUCGGAUCGACAAGCUUUAAUGCUUAUAACAAAACGCCUCAUCAACUUAGCAUAUCCAUAGAUUUUGAGAUCUAUUGAUCUACGUGUCACUCAUGCUCAUUCCCAGGCCACGCGCAUAUCUGAUUGCCAAAGCAGCAAGUAUCCCUUAGUUAGCUUAGUGGCCAUAUUCAGAUAAGGGAGCUAAAUAAGCGAUUCUUGUGUAUGGCUGAUCAUAUCGCUGAAACCUUUUGAGUGAUAUUCGAUGUUUGUACAAGCCGAUAUAACAACUGAGUAAGAGAAACCUCAACAAAUUAUUUCCUUUAAAACAAAAUACAUACUUUCUUCAGAAAUAAAACUAUCGACUUCAUACCAAUAUAGCAACUGCCGAUGGUCAUGUUGAAGAAAAAGCGCGAAUCCUUUCUGUUUUAGAUUUACUAUGCAUACGUUAUUUAAGUUAUAAAUCCAAAACUUAAAAAAUUUGUUUGGAUCGAUAGAUGAAACAUGACCUGACCAGUUGCCGGGGGGAGAAAGCUGAUUCCGUGCAAAUUGUAUUUAUUCUUGAUGAACAUGACUUCUGACUGAUUCAAAUAAUCAAUAAGCGCGACCACAAUCGCAUUUGACGCGUUGAAAGAAGUGUUUAAGCCUAAGGUCACGUGUAGUUUAAUGAGUCAGAUUUUAGUUGUACAAACAUGUAAAAAGAAAGUGAUAAACAAUAGAUUACAGGGAGGAAACACAUUGUUAUAAAGUGCGUUUUACUCGAGGCUAAUAAAUAACAAUCCUGGGAACCGUUA